AUGACAAGAGUGGUUGGUGGCGGUGCACGCUCGGCCGCUGACAAAGUGGUGCAGCACAACGGAUACGGAUCCGUGUCCAUUGAGGGCUUCUACGUGCAGGACUUUGGAAAGCUCUUCCGCUCAUGCGGGACGUGUGGCGACAAGGGUGUCAGCAUCAGCAUCAAGAACGUAUUUGCCGUCAAUGGUCGCGUGAGUAUCCUGACAAAGAACAAGAGUGACCGUGCCACAAUUGAGAACAUCAAGAUCAAGGGCAAGAAGGUCGACGUGUGUUCUUGGUCGGAUGGAACGGGGGCUGGAGGUGAGCCGAGAAAGUCUGGUGUGGGCCCGUCGGGAAGUGGCUGCAGCUACUCACCUAAUACCAUCACCUAUGUGUGA